GGGAGGUUGAUGCAAUUUUUUGCCUUCCACAUGCUCGCCCGAUCUCCAGUGGCAACUCUCGGUUGAGUGCUCCGUGGCGUGUCCAGUGCGGAAAACGCUGCGUGGGAGCACGCUCCGAUGUCUGGGCCGAAUGGAAACCAGGCUUCAGAGAAGCCACUGAGACUUUGGGGUGUGCCCGUGAAAUGGGCCUCCUUAGUGUUGCUUACCUUCGUGACCACCUGGACGAUUUUUUCGAUCAAGCUGGCACGGUCGAGCAGCCAAGAAUAUCGGAACAGCUCUGUUGUGCUUUUCACCGAGCUCUUCAAGCUGGCCUUAAGCUUCGCGUUCCUAUCGCUGGAGACCAAGAGUCCCAUGGCGGCUGUGAGAAGCUUUUGGAUCGAAUGUCGGACCAAGCCAUUGGCAAUGCUCAAGCUGUGCGUUCCAGGUUUGGCUUACACCAUUCAAAACAACCUGAUCUUCCUGUCGGUGGACUUCUUGAGUGCAGCUGUGCAGCAGGUCACAUACCAGCUCAAGAUUCUCACGGCAGCGCUACUGAGUGUUGUGAUGCUGAAGAGGACGGUUGGUCGCAAGCGGUGGAUUGCACUGUGCAUUCUGGUUGCUGGAGUGAUGCUCGUGCAAGUCCCACGGAAUGCCGAGGUGUCAUCAGCUCCAGGCACCACUGGUGCUACGCGUGCCUUCAUGGGCUUCCUGGCAGCGCUGGGCGCAUGCUUUGCCAGUGGCUUUGGAGGGGUGUUCAUGGAGAUGGUCUUGAAGGGUUCUGCAACUUCGAUCUGGCUUCGGAAUGCUCAGUUGGCAAUUUUUGGGGCUUCAACAGCAGCUUGGGUGGUCUUCCAGGAGGGUCAUGAGGCGCCUUUGGUGCAUGGCUAUACCUUCUGGGUGUGGCUGAUGGCCUUUACUGUUGCUUCUGGCGGCAUGUUAGUUGCUGCAGUCUUGAAAUAUGCUGACAACAUCUUGAGGCAAUUCAGUACUGCGAUCUCUGUAAUUCUGACCACAGCACUUUCGGCUCUGGUCUUGGAAGACAUCACUUUGGAUAUGAUGUUUGCAGCUGGAACCGUCCUAACCAUCGGGGCCACCUUCAUGUACAGUGGCAUGCUUGAUGAUUUCUUGCCGAAGUGGAUGCAAUAGCCAUAGUAAAGGCCUUUCAGACAACUACAAACACAACGAGGAAUUGUUUGAAAUCGGAAAACGCAUCAAAUACUUUCCUUGGAGCUAACGUGGCCUUCCCGUGGGAGAUGGACAUCUUCCCAGCCCACCUUGGGAGGUGCUAUUUCGGCUCAGGGGAGUAUACGAGCUCUUAUGGGCUCUGUAUUUCAAGCCUUAUGGGCUCUGAGAUGGCCUUUUUGAGUACCAGGUUGGGUACUCUGAGACGUUGAGUUGAGCGUUUCAAGCGCUGAAACCUCUCAACUCAACGGCAGUCUCACCUUGUCAUGUCGAUCACAA